UUUUUCGUAUAAAAGUAAUGGCAACUCCUAACAGCAGCAUCAAUUCGCCACUUGCAAUCUCAGUGUACAGAACUGUGCAAAGUGUUCUACGCUACCAACCACCCAACCAACCAACCCAACUAACCAAUCAUCACUAUGAAGUCCUUCAUUGCUCUGUUCGUCGUCCUGGCCAUCGCUGCCGUCUAUGGUGCUGAGGAGUCGAAGGUGACCGAGAAGCGUGGCAUCUACGGAGGACUCGGCUACGGCUACAACGGCUAUCCCGGUUUGGCCGGCCACGGUUACUACGGUGGCAUCGGAGGACUGGGCUACGGACACGGGCUCGGCUACGGAUCGCACCUCGGCUACUACGGAUCGUACCCAGGAUACUACGGUUCCCACGCUGGAUACCUGGGCGGUUACUCUGGCUACUCUGGCUACCCUGGCUACAGCCUGGGCUACGGACUCCACUAAGCGCCCACCAUUCCGAACGCUCCUGCUGCUCCGGUUCGAUGAUGUGAUGCAACACGAAGUGAAGUUGCCUCGAUAGUGCAAAGCUAGUGCGUGCAGAGUGAGAAUGGUGUGUGCCGCGUUGCACUCUCUACACGAGACGUUUCAUGCAGAGCUAAUGCCAUCGAGCAGCAGCCAAGUGUACUAGAGUGAGAAUCACUUCCGUCGGCCGUGCAUCGGAUACGAACCGAAAGGAGCGCAAGGAUUCGCUGUGUCGCGAUUUUGGGUGUGUCAACUUCCCUUCACCUGCCGUGGUACAUCCCUACCACGGUAAUGGUGGAGCUUUGGUUCCAUCAAAAUUCUUCUCCCGACCGACUUCCCUGGACGAAUGCUGUGAAUACUUUCGAAAGUAUACGACUACUUUACUUUACUUUGAUUUUGCCUCUACUGUGUUAUUACUCUUUUUUACCUUAGUCUGUAGCAUUUGUACAGUACAAUAAUAAAAAGGAAAAAAAUCUUUUACGUAAAACAA